GAAAGCGCGCUGCGUGCCGGUCCACGCACCAUGAGCGGCGAGGCCAGCGACGCCGAGAUCCAGGAAUUCCUCGCGCGCGCCGGCGCCCGCGAAUUUUGCGCACGGACGGCCACCAACAGCCGUGCCGGAGCGCGCCCCGGGCGCGGAUGCGCCCGCGAGAGAAGGAGCGCGCGCCCCCCGCAGGCCGAGGAGACUUUAGUGAGGGUCGUCCCCAGCUUCCAGCACGACGUCCUGCGCUUCGUCACGGGCAAUUACGGGCCGUUCGAGCCCCAGGAGCCCUGCGAGGUGCCGCUCUGGCUCGCCUGCCUCCUGCGCAAGCGCAAGAUGUGCACGGUCGAGGCGCCGCCGUGGCUCCGGACCGAAGCGCUGGAGCAGACGCGCGACGCCGAAACGAAGGACCGCGACGCGUUCCAGGCGCUGCCGGCGCACUACGUCGAGGUCGCGGCGUUGUUGCUCGAAUGCGCGGGCGACGACCUCGCGGCGGCCUGCGGCGCCGCGACCGUCUCAAAAUUGCGCGAGUGCCUCGCGGACGUCGAGGCCGCGCGCGUGGCCAAGGUCCGCGAGGGCAUGUUGGCGGUGGCGCGCCAGGCCUGCGCCGACGAGACGACGUUCUCGGUGAAGAUGAACGGCGCGAGCGCGAUGGAGAUUACCACGGUGCGCGGGCAGCUCCUCGCGGCGCUCGACGCGUUCUACGCGACGCGGCCCCGCGGCGGCGGCGGCGCGAAGCGCCGCGCGGCGGCCGGCGGCGCGGCGCCGGCGCGCACGCUCAAGCGCUUCAAGUAG